AUGGGGCGCUUUAGCUGGUUAACGGAGGGUUCGAGUAGCUCUGACCAGCUGGCUACUCGAAGCUCUGCUAGGGUAGUCAGUAAGGACGAAGAAGAUGUGAGUUCUCAUACCAGUCGAGAUAUAAGCUAUGGAAUACCGAGCAGAUGCUACUGCGGUUUGUUAACUCCGCUGAAAAUGAUGGACCAUACGGACGAGCAUCCAGGGCGGAUGUUUUUUGGAUGCAAGAAUUAUAAGCUUGGUUUCCCACAUCUUAUGAAAUGGUGGGACGAGGCUAUGAUGGAGGAGUUUCUACAACUCAAAUGGGCCGUCGACAACCCUCGUUUUGGCUUUCGCCAACCUGAAUCUGAAGAACGCGAAACCUUGCUUCGGACUGAGGCAGAGUUAACUGAUGUGAAGAACCAAGUUCUGAAGAUGAAGCGUUUAAGAAGAGUCGAGGUGACGACGGCGGUUACUGUAAUUGCCGUGCUUGUCUGUCUCAUUAGCUACUUUGUGUUUGAGGCGAUUUCGUUGUCUCCGCCGAAUACACAACCGCUGUCUCCGCCGAUUACACAACCCGCUGUCUCCGCCGAUUACACAACCCGCUGUCUCCGCCGCUUACACAACCCGCUGCCGCCGGAUGUCAAAGCCGACAUUCCCAGGAGAUUCUACACCAAAGGAGGCGAUCCGGACGCAGGGAAAAGCAUUUCCAGGUGUAGCAAGAACACCAAGCUCUUUGAUAGUCUCCGAAAGCUCCUCACCGACGACGAAUGGAAUGAAAUCAGUGACUCCAGGAUUGGUAUCUUCCUAAAGUUCCGUGACCUUCAAUUCGAGUGGGCUUCACGGAUUGCGCAUGCCAUGCUCUGUUUCCAGGUUGUAUGCAAGAAGAAGUAUGAGAUAUGGAGCGCUGUGGGGGCAAAUCCGAUAAGAUUUUCAUUGCACGAGUUCUCAGCCAUCACCGGCCUCAACUGCGAGUAUGUUGAGAACCUAGAGACACCUGAUGCUCCAGCAACGGAUGCCGUGUGCGAGUUCUGGGAGAGGUUGGGUGUCAACGUCGAGGUAGGGCCUAGCAUUGACCAGCUGGCUGAAGCUUGUGAGUGGGCAGGCGAGUGGCCAAGGGAGGAUAAGCUUAGAUUGGGCUACCUAGCCAUAUACGCAGGCUUCAUUCAAGCCCGUAGAUCCGCUGCCGAGACACCUGUCAAGCUAGCUAGGCUUGUGUUGGAUUUGGAGAAGUUUGAGGAAUACCCGUGGGGCCGAGUUUGUUUCUUGCAGCUCAUCAAGUCCAUUAAAGGAGUGGAUUUGGAGAAGUCGGGUUAUGUGCUGGAGGGUUUCAUCGAGGUUCUCCAAAUUUGGGCUUUUGAGAGCAUGCCGAAUUUUGCAGAGAAAUACGGUGCUCCUCUGCCAUCUAAACCAUCACCACCGCUCCUUGCGUACAAGGGUAUUCAAGGCAAAAGGUACAUCGCGGAGGCAAUGCUGAAGCAGGUAAACAUAAAUCUGAGAAUCGAGGAAGAAGUUUAUCCACGCUGGGAUGAUGAUGUAGAAGAUUUGUACGUCGACAACAUCAUCAAGGCAAUCUACGGGGAGUUAGGUGGUCGGUGGAGGUGGAAGCCAAGCGACUGGGACGAGGAAGGUGUCUUGGUCUCCAAUCACCCGCGAGUGGACGUGAAGCCUCCAAUAAAAGUGGAGGCUAGUUUCACAGAUUCGAAGAAGAGACCUCGUCCUACUCCUCCAUCGAACUAUGAUGAUAUCGAGGAGACGUUGCAGAGGUUGAUUUCUGACUGCACCCGGACCUUGUCUGCUGAUCUGAAGGCAGGGUUCCAGAAGUAUGACCGGCAACUAGCUGCACUUACCUCGACAGUUGCUGGUAUGGAGCGUAGUGUGAAGCAGCUGAUGGAUGUAAGGCUUCAGGAGCAGCGUAGAUCCGACGAUCCCUCUCCCAAAAAAGAUGAAACCGGCGAAGAAGAUGAGACCGGCGCCAAAGAAGAUGUGACCGGCGCCAAAGAAGCUAAAACUGCUCAACCGGUUAGUACUGAUCCCUCUCCCAAAUCUCCAACUCUUCUAAAGUGCAAGAUAAGCGUAAAGUGCAAGUUAAGCCUGUCCAGGAUAGGGUCCUUCGACCUAGAAAAUUGA